AUGGAGAGAAAGCGCGUUAAUAGUGCAGCUUUACCUCGCACUGGUACGCCACGUAAGCUUACUAAGGAAGAUCGCGAUCGAAUUUACGAUGCAAUUCAGUCGAAUCCUUCUAUUACACGCGAAGAUCUACUGAAAGAGGUUGAUUAUAAGGUUAAACCCUCUUCAAUCUGGCGCUUAACCCACGAAAUGGGUCUCCGGAAGUGGCGCAAGAUGGAUAGACUAUAUCUUACGCCUGAAUAUACAGUAAAACGACUUUCUUGGGCUCUUACCUAUCGCCACUACACACUAGAAGAUUGGAAGCGAGUUUUCUGGUCUGAUGAGACUAUAAUUGAGCGCGGGCAGGGUGCUCGUAAGGAGUAG